AUGAACCCCAGCGCGCCUAGCUAUCCCAUGGCCUCCCUCUAUGUGGGGGAUCUGCAUCCGGACGUGACCGAGGCCAUGCUCUACGAGAAAUUCAGCCCGGCUGGGCCUAUCUUGUCGAUCAGGGUCUGCAGAGACAUGAUCACCCGUCGUUCACUGGGUUACGCCUAUGUGAACUUCCAGCAGCCCGCUGAUGCUGAGCGAGCCCUGGACACCAUGAAUUUUGACGUGAUCAAAGGCAGGCCACUUCGCAUCAUGUGGUCUCAGCGGGACCCUUCAUUGAGGAAGAGCGGAGUGGGCAACAUUUUCAUCAAGAACCUAGACAAGUCCAUUGAUAAUAAGGCCCUCUAUGAUACGUUUUCAGCAUUCGGAAAUAUCCUGUCCUGCAAGGUGGUUUGUGAUGAAAAUGGCUCAAAGGGUUACGGCUUUGUGCACUUUGAGACCCACGAGGCUGCCGAGCGGGCCAUUGAGAAAAUGAAUGGCAUGUUGCUCAAUGACAGAAAAGUAUUUGUUGGACGAUUCAAGUCGCGUAAAGAGAGGGAAGCUGAACUUGGUGCCCGUGCAAGAGAAUUCACCAAUGUUUAUAUUAAGAACUUUGGAGAGGAUAUGGAUGAUGAAAAGCUCAAAGAAUUAUUUGGAAAAUACGGACCAGCACUCAGUAUCCGUGUUAUGACUGAUGAGAGUGGUAAAUCAAAAGGAUUUGGCUUUGUCAGCUUUGAGCGACAUGAAGAUGCACAGAAGGCUGUGGAUGAUAUGAAUGGUAAAGAACUGAAUGGCAGACAAGUUUAUGUGGGCCGUGCACAGAAAAAGGGAGAACGCCAAAAUGAGCUAAAGCGCAAGUUUGAGCAAAUGAAACAAGAUCGCAUGACCAGAUACCAGGGUGUCAACUUGUAUGUGAAGAACUUGGACGAUGGUCUUGAUGAUGAGCGGCUACGCAAGGAAUUCUCUCCAUUUGGAACAAUAACAAGUGCUAAGGUUAUGAUGGAGGGUGGCCGCAGCAAAGGGUUCGGUUUCGUGUGCUUUUCUUCUCCAGAAGAGGCCACCAAAGCCGUCACAGAAAUGAACGGGCGAAUCGUUGCAACUAAACCGUUAUAUGUGGCCCUGGCUCAACGCAAAGAAGAGCGUCAGGCCCAUCUAACCAACCAGUACAUGCAGAGGAUGGCCACUGUCCGGGCUGUACCCAACCCUGUUCUCAACCCUUACCAAGCAGCUCCACCUUCUGGCUACUUUAUGGCAGCUAUACCUCAGGCCCAAAACCGUGCUGCAUAUUACUCUGCCAACCAACUGGCUCAGCUGCGGCCCAGCCCUCGAUGGGCCACACAGGCAGUUCGCCCGCAGCACUUCCAGAACAUGCCCAGCGCCAUGCGGCCUUCAGCUCCCAGGCCUCAGACAUUUGGCGCCAUCCGUCCCACCGCCACCACCAACACCCAGGUCCCACGCAUGAUGGCCUCUCAACGCAUGCGUGAAACAGCCACCCAGGCCCUCAGCCAACGCCCUGCCAGCGCUUCGGCCACCGCUGCUCCUGUGCGAGCGAUGCCCCACUACAAAUACGCCGCCGGUGUCCGCAACCCUCAGCAGCACAUGGCCUCCCAGCCACAAGUCACCAUGCAGCAGCCUGCUGUCCACGUCCAAGGACAGGAGCCUCUGACUGCCUCCAUGCUGGCUGCCGCUCCUCCCCAGGAACAGAAGCAGAUGCUGGGUGAGCGACUGUUCCCCUUGAUUCAAAACAUGCACCCCAGCCUGGCAGGCAAGAUCACUGGCAUGCUGCUGGAGAUCGACAAUUCUGAGCUCCUACACAUGCUUGAAUCACCUGAAUCCCUCCGCUCAAAGGUGGAUGAGGCUGUUGCUGUGCUCCAGGCCCACCAGGCCAAAGAGGCUGCUCAGAAAUCCACCACUCCUGCUGGUGUUCCCAGUGUAUAA